AUGGCUGACGUCGAAAGCGCCGCCGCCGUGGAUGAUUCGUUUGCGCAAUCUGAAACGCAGGAUGAGCAGCAAACUCAUAAUAUGACCGUCGGCACGAGACGUCAGGCGAAUGGCACAAUCGGAUCCGUCUAUUCGGGCAACAAAAUCAGGCAUCUCAAGAAGGAGGACGGUAUUCCUCUGUGGCGCAAAGACAUCCAGUACCAGUUUCUGAAACUGGUCUUCGAGGACAAGACCCCCGUCUUCACCCGCUGGCCAGAUGGUGAGAAGAAUUUGGAUUUUGCGGAUAUCUAUAUCGAUGCGAUGGCUAGGAGUAGCAAGACGAGUAAGAUCCUCAAGGACAAGCUGCAGAGCGAUAAGCAAGCUGCUAUCAGCAUGGCCAUGGUUUGUCUCUUGGUUAACUUUGGUCGGAUGAAUACAACCCUGAACUUUUUCCCCGAAAUGCGUGCCCAACUCCGAACCUACCAUUCCAUCCCUUCCCUUCAGGCGCGUCAAGACCCAAACGCCUACAAGCAGCUACAGGACGCUCCUCGUCUCAAGUCUAUCCUGAAGGGCGCAUCGGAGGAUGUCGAUCAGCCAAAUACCCUGGAGAAGAUUAAAAGGGAAAAUAUCCCUCGUACCAACCCGGUGAACCUCAUCUUUGUCCUCGCACAAUACGCUCCCAAAGUAUCCGAGGUCCACUUCUUCCCUCCUCGGGAUUUCUUUGACCUGGUAAUGAAAUCCACCUUGAGCAGCCAGAGCCGAGCGAAGGCCUUCCUCUGGCUUAUGUGGUGGUAUUUGGAGAGCGAUUUCUCUGCAGAGGCCGCCCGCAACAACCCAUUUGGCCCCGGCCUGGAUGGCGAGGGAACAGGGGGGCUACCGCUCAAAGUUCCAGUGUUUGAAACGCUUACUGACGAGCAAGCCAACGAGGAAAACGUUGAUACUCAAUCUGAAAUCGAAUAUGGAGAAGAGAAACGCUUGGAGCGCAAACGAAUUCUGGAAGAGGAGGAGCCUAUACCACGAGCACCAAAGCGCCCCAAGAAGAUGCCCACUUGGGAAGUAGAGUUCUUGAAGCAACUCGAGCCUGGCACCCAACUUCUUUAUCGUCAAUUUCCCGGUAAGGGAACGGCGUUCAGAGCAGCUGCGGACUCUGAAAACCUCAUCGAGUUCCGAAAUCCUGACGGCUCCGUCCGUUCUACCAUUAAGAAACCUAAGCUACAGGACCCUUCUUCUUCUUCUCUCUCUCGUUCUGCGAGUCAGCAACGUCUUAUUCUAAAGACAAAAUCGGAGCAUACUCCCGAUGCAGCCUCUCCAGCCCCCCCCGGUUCGGGUCAUCCAAUUUUGAACCGCUUCAUCAGCGAAGCCUCCCCAAGUCAGCCAAGCUCGGCUCGUCGCCCCCGGCCACUCACCCAACAUCAGCUUGCUGUUGAGCGAAACCGGCGACAACGUAUUGAAUACAUCUUGGCCAAGCGGAAGACCGACGCUUACAGGAUUCUUCAUGCGAAGAGAGAAAACGAAAUUCCGUUCGCCCGCUAUGGACGCUUAUUGCAAAACCUUCCUGAUGGGUACGACACAGACGAUGAGGACAAGGCGUGGGGAAAGGGGGGAUUGGUUCCAAACCCUGAGGAGGAAGAAGAUUUUGGCGAGUGUGCCAACUACUUCUUAUCAGUGAUCCGUAAAGCAUCGCGGCGUCUGGACCGAUGGGACUACGACAACGCAAACGGCCCCAAGAGAGAUCGCAAAAAGGAGCGUGAAGAACGACAGAAAGCUAAGCAGGAGGGAUUAGCGCUUGACGGUUCUCUCGAAGGGCAGCCCGUGCCCUCCGCUCGCAGCAGAGCUCGGGCCGCGCGCAAUGCCAAACGCAAGCUUGCACGAGCUGCUGCUGCUGCUGCUGCUGCCGCAGCAGCAGCAGCAGGAGGCGCUAUCCCGUCAGGCGCAGCUUCUAAAUCUUCUGGUUCACGCUCUAAAAGCAGUCGGAGCCGGAGUCAGCGGGAUGCCAAAGGCGCAACGUCCGUCGCCAACGCUAGCAAGGAUGGCUUUGAAACCCCAACCCGAGACGGUGGAUUAUCCCCGGCACCUCCAACCAGUCACCUGGGUGACGAGGACGAUGGAGAAGAGGGUCUUGAUGACAUUGAUCGUGAGCUGCUCGGCGAAGGUAGUGGCGAUGAUGAUGAUGAUGAUGAUGAUGAGGGACCCUCAAUCCUUCAGGUUUCUCGCUCCGCGCCAAGCUACGAAGACAGUUUCUUGGGGGGUGAUGCCGACGAUGACGCCCUGACCUCUGAUGACAACGAUGAUGAUGAUGACGAUGCAGAGGACGAAGAUCUCGACGAAGGAGACGGUGACAUCGAUGUGGACGUUGAAGGCGAUGGUGACGAUAACUCCUCCGUCCUCGACGGUGGGAACGGCUAUGCUGCAAGUGAGACCUCGUCGAUUGCUGGCGAGGGGGUAGAAGCAGAGCCAUGA